CUCACAAUUGCCCCUUUGCCUGUCUAUUAAACCCUUUCUUUCAAAGCAAAAUCCUUGACAGCGUCACGUUGUGGACCUUGAUCCCUCGAAAACACCCCCCAACUAUUCAAUUUAGGUGUCGCAACCAGUUCGAAACAGGAGCAACCCUUGCCGUUCUCCUCGAGAAUUUUCGUACCUUUCUCUCCCGGAAGAAAUAUCCCUCGGUGAAAAAUGUCUGGCACGUCCAGCGUAGGCAACAGCAACGUCUACGAGGCCGGGGACCAGCGGGUGCCGCCGGACUCGCAGAAGGGCGGCGACCAAGCGUAUGAAGAAGGACAAAAGAAUUCUCAUCUGGGAAAUGACUCGAAAGACAGCCGCUCGAUAGCGAACCGCCUCGCCGCGUCGGGCCCGCAAAACACGACCUCCAACGCCGCGGACACCUCCAGCUCGGGCAAGUCCAAGAGCGCCGAGGCGCGGGCCGGCGAGGUCGACCCGACCGCGCCGGCCAGGAUGCACGGCAACGCGCCCAGCCGCGGCGCGCAGGUGGACAAGGAGCUGCAGGACGAGGAGGCCGCGAUCCUGGCCAAGAAGGACGCCGCGAAGGGCGGGAGCAAGAGCGGCGGCACGGGCGACGUGGCUGGGAAGAAGAUGUGA